CAUCUGCACUUCAGAGCGAGGCGUGGUCAGCCAGAGCUAACAGGUGGGCCAGUGCGUACAGCUGCAGUCACUCUUCAUCCGCAGGAUACCUACCGUGUUUUUACAUUAACACACACACACACACACAGCUGCAACAAAAUGCCAAAGUGCCCAAAGUGCCAGAAGGAGGUCUACUUCGCCGAGAGGGUGACGUCACUCGGGAAGGACUGGCACAGGCCCUGUCUGAAGUGUGAGAAGUGCAACAAGACGCUGUCACCUGGCUCACAUGCGGAGCAUGAAGGCAAGCCAUACUGUCACAACCCCUGCUACGGUGCAAUGUUUGGACCUAAAGGAUUUGGACGCGGUGGAACCGAGAGCCACGCAUAUGCUAAAUAGAAAGGUUCAAGGCCCCGCAGUAAAAACUUUGCCUGGAAACUAGAAAGCCAGCAUGCUCGAAAGUCCCAAUAAAAACCAGCAAACAAACUGUAAUCUGAUUCAGAAGAAACAUUUUGUGUGCGUGUGUUUUUAUUCUGGGUUUUCUGAAGAGGAUUGUGUAUUCCCAUGAUACAGCAGUGAAGACGUUGUCCUCUAGUCUCAUCCUGUUAUUAAUGUGGACAUUCUGAUUAAACACUUUUUAAAUUUG